UUAUCCCAUUUAACACAGAGCGAAAGCUCAUCAACAACUAACACACAGCUCCCGAUCAAUAACCAGUCCACGCCGUCUACCACGCCGACUACACAGACCACGCCGUCUACCCAGACCACGCCGACCACACAGACCACGCCGUCUACACAGAUCACGCCGUAUACACAGACCACGCCGACUACACAGACCACGCUGUCCACACAGACCACGCCGUCUACAUUGACCACGACGUCUACACAGACCACGCCGUCUACACAGACCACGCCGUCUACACAGACCACGCCGUCUACACAGACCACGCCGACCACACAGACCAAGCCGUCUACACAGACCACGCCGUCUACACAGACCACGCCGUCUACACAGACCACGCCGUCUACAAAGACCACGCCGACCACACAGACAACGCCGUCUACAAAGACCACGCCGUCUAACAAGACCACGCCGACCACACAGACCAAGCCGUCGACACAGACCACGCCGUCUACCCAGACCACGCGAACCACACAGACCACGCUGACUACACAGACAACGCCGACCACACAGACCACGCCGUCUACCAAAACCACGCCGACCACACAGACCACGCCGUCUACACAAAGCACGCCGUCUACACAGACCACGCCGUCUACACAGACCACGCCGUCUACACAGACCACGCCGUCUACACAGACCACGCCAACCACACAGACCAAGCCGUCUACACAGACCACACCGUCUACCCAGACCACGCCGACCACACAGACCACGCCGACCACACAGACAACGCAGACCACACAGACCACGCAGACCACACAUACCACGCCGUCUACACAGACCACGCCGUCUACACAGACCACGCCGACUACACAGACCACGUCGUCUACACAGACCACGCCGACUACACAGACCACGCCUACCACACAGACCACGCCGUCUACACAGACCACGCCGUCUACACAUUACUCGCCGACCACACAGACCACGCCGUCUACACAGACCACGCCGACCACACAGACAACGCCGUCUACCCAGACCACGCCGACCACACAGACCACGCCGACCACACAGACCACGCCGAUCACGCCGUCUACACAGACCACGCCGUCUACACAGACCACGCCUACCACACUGACCACGCCUUCUACACAGACCACGCCGUCUACAAAUACCACGCCGACCACACAGACCACGCCGUCUACACCACAGACCACGCCGACCACACAGACCACGCCGUAUACACAGACCACGCCAUCUACACAGACCACGACUUCUACACACAUCACGCCGUCUACACAUACCACGCCGACUACACAGACCACGCCGACUACACAGACCACGCCGUCCACACAGACCACGCCGUCUACAUUGACCACGACGUCUACACAGACCACGCCGUCUACACAGACCACGCCGUCUACACAGACCACGCCGACCACACAGACCAAGCCGUCUACACAGACCACGCCGUCUACACAGACCACGCCGUCUACACAGACCACGCUGUCUAGAAAGACCACGCCGACCGCACAGACAACGCCGUCUACAAAGACCACGCCGUCUAACCAGACCACGCCGACCACACAGACCAAGCCGUCUACACAGACCACGCCGUCUACCCAGACCACGCCAACCACACAGACCACGCUGACUACACAGACAACGCCGACCACACAGACCACGCCGUCUACCAAAACCACGCCGACCACACAGACCACGCCGUCUACACAAGGCACGCCGUCUACACAGACCACGCCGUCUACACAGACCACGCCGUCUACACAGACCACGCAGUGUACACAGACCACGCCAACCACACAGACCAAGCCGUCUACACAGACCACACCGUCUACCCAGACCACGCCGACCACACAGACCACGCCGACCACACAGACAACGCAGACCACACAGACCACGCAGACCACACAUACCACGCCGUCUACACAGACCACGCCGUCUACACAGACCACGCCGACUACACAGACCACGCCGACUACACAGACCACGCCUACCACACAGACCACGCCGUCUACACAGACCACGCCGUCUACACAUUACUCGCCGACCACACAGACCACGCCGACCACGCCUACCACACAGGCCACGCCGUCUACACAGACCACACCGUCUAUACAUACCACGCCGACCACACAGACCACACCGUCUACACAGACCAAGCAGACCACACAUACCACGACGACCACACAGACUUCGCCGUCUACACAGACCACGCCGUCUACAAAGACCACGCCGUCUACACAGACCAUGCCGACGACACAGACCACGCCGUCUACACAUUACUCGCCGACCACACAGACCAAGCCGUCUACACAGACCACGCCGUCUACCCAGACCGAGCAGUUUACACAGACCACGCCGACCACACAGACCACGCCGUCUACACAGACCACGCCGACCACACAGACCACGCCGACCACAAAGACCACGCCGUCUACCCAGACCACGCCGACCACAAAGACCACGCCGACCACACAGACCACGCCGUCUACACAGACCACGCCGACUACACAGACCACGCCGACCACACAUACCACGCCGUCUACACAGACCACGCCGACCACACAGACCACGCCGUCUACACAGACCACGCCGACCACACAGACCACGCCGUCUACCCACACCACGCCGACCACACAGAGGACGCCGUCUUCACAGACCACGCCGUCUACCCAGACUACGCCGUCUACCCAGACCACGCCGUCUACACAGACCACGCCGUCUACCCAGACCACGCCGUCAACACAGACCACGCCGUCUACACAGACCACGACGUCUACACAGACCACGCCGUCUACAAAGACCACGCCGUCUACACAGACCACGCCGACCACACAGACCACGCCGUCUACACAGACCACGCCGACCACACAGACCACGCCGUCUACACAGACCACGCCGUCUACACAGACCACGUCGUAUACACAGACCACGCCGUUUACACAGACCACGCCGACCACACUGAGACCACGCCGUCUACAAAGACCACGCCGUCUACACAGACCACGCCGACCACACAGACCACGCCGUCUACACAGACCACGCCGACCACACAGACCACGCCGUCUACACAGACCACGCCGUUUACACAGACCACGCCUUUUACACAGACCACGCCGACCACACUGA